AUGCGUCAUGCCCUUCGAGCCAAAAACAAGCUCGAUUUCAUAAAUGGCUCCCUCUCACAACCCACUGAUCCAGACAACCCAUUACUUGACCUCUGGGAGUGUUGCAAUGAUAUGGUUGUUUCCUGGAUCCAAAAUUCCAUCAAUCCCUCUCUCAAAUCUAGUGUUAUUUUUGUUGAUAAUGCUCGGGAUAUAUGGGUGGACCUUCAAGAGCCUUUUUCUCAGCAGAAUGGACCCAGAAUUUUCCAACUUAAAAUGGCUUUAGCUGCCCUUUCCCAAGACCAUGAUUCAGUGAGUAUCUAUUAUGGAAAACUGAAAUCACUUUGGGAUGAACUUGCUAUAUACGACCCUAUCCCAGUCUGUAAUUGUGGCACUAUGAAAAUCCUCCUGGACAGAUAUCAACGUGAUUCUGUUCUCCAAUUUUUAAUGGGCUUGCAUGAUUCCUACUCCUCUAUCCGUGACUAG